GACCUGAUUCCAACCGUCAGUAAAAAAAUGUCGUGCUUGGGACGGCCCCUCUUCACCCCGCACUCCUUUCCUGAGCGUUUGCCACCAAAAUUCUUCCAUGUCUCAUUUUGGACGUUAUUUGACACUGUUCUCACACCUCUUAAUCCAAUGCAUCACCUCCAACUCGAAUCACCAAGUUGACAUUCACAUCCCUUGGCGCGACCGCAGGAAUUUUCUUUAUUGCUAGUAUGAGCCUUAUACCCCGUCGCACCCGUGGCAAUAUCACUCGUUGCAAGAAUGCGUUUCUCCAGCUCGAAUUGGGGCUCGUUCGACCUACAGUGUUCCAAAAAAGAUUGCUUGCAAAGCGGAUCAUCGAUAUCGAACUCGACCCUUCCACCUCAAUAGAACGGGAGCAUGCUGGAGCAGUCAACACUAUCGACAUCGAGGAAGCUGAGGGUAGAUAUUUGGUCUCUGGAGGAGGAGAUGGCAAUGUUCAUGUCUAUGAUCUGGACGAAUCUGAACGCGAAGAACGCCGGAUUAUCAAGAGCAUGGCUUCCGCGCAUGGAAGUUCAGAUGGGCACAAAGGAGGCGUGUCGCGCGUGCGCUGGUAUCCGUUCGACAACGGUCUGUUCACGACCUCUUCGUUCGACAGCACUAUCAAAGCAUGGGACACCAAUACUAUGGAGGUCGCAUGCACGUUUGAUUUGGAGAACAAGGUCUACAGUCAUGCUGUUUCGUCUAAAGCGACCCAUGGACUCAUUGCAACUGCGUCGGCUGACCCAAGAAUACGACUUUGCGACUUGAAGAGUGGUGCAUUCACACAUUCACUUCCAGGACAUCAAGGGACGGUUCUGAGCGUCGAGUGGUCGCCUCGUCAUGAAUAUCUGUUGGCUUCUGGAAGCACGGACACGACUGUGCGGCUAUGGGACAUCCGAAAGUCCAGCUCCUGUUUAUGCUCACUUGAUCUACAUAACUCAAACUCACCACCAUUAGCAGAGACCAACUCUGCACAUACAAGAACAGUCAAUGGACUCAAUUUCACUCCUGAUGGCCUCUAUCUUCUAACGACUGGUCAUGACGACAAAAUGCGGCUUUGGAAUUUAUACACCGGUCAAAAUACCCUCACAAACUAUGGCACGAUGAUUCGAAACCAGUUUGUGCAUAAUCUUUCGCCCCUGAUAUCGCCUAUUUCAGCGGGAUCGUCCACGUAUGUUUUUCACCCAUCGGACGAUCGGUCGAUUUACAUGUUUGAUCUGAUGGACGGCGCACUUGUGAAGCGAUUGACAGGAUCCUAUGGUCGGGUUACUGCCCUUGCAUGGCGACCAAGAACACAGGAGAUAUACAGUGCAGGAAAUGAUCAUGAUAUUUUGGCAUGGUGUCCAAAGAGCAUUGACCGCGAUGAUACCCUGCGGGCCAUUGCUGACCAAGAUACGUGGUCAGACAGUGACUGAGCGCAAUGUUUGUUUUUCAAGAAAACUCCCCCGAAUAAAGCUCGUUCUAGAACACUUGUCAAAUGGGAUGUCUCAUGCCGAAACGAAUCUCUUAAACCCCGUAGUCUGUCAAGAAUACACACGAUCCGUCGUGGAUAGCGCGUAUUAUUUGGAUGAUAGUAUGUCAUGCAUCGACUCCUCAAGGCAAGGCAACGUGCUGCAUCUCUUCAUUAGGACGGAAAACUCUUUCAACCACAUUAAUCUUCAAUGGCGGACGAAAAUAUAGCCGCUGUAGGCAAAGUCCUGAAAGGACUGAGAGUAGUG